AUGCAGGCGGAAUCGCCCGUAACGUCUCCGAAAUGUGAUUUGUUAGACUCGUGUGGUAAAUUUCGGGUGCUGGUUGGGGUCACGGGUAGUGUGGCAGCUCUCAAAGUGCCUCUGUUGGUCUCCCAACUCCUAGAGUUACCCGGGGUGGAUGUGCGUGUCGUCACUACAGAACACGCCAAGCACUUCUACGACCCAGCCGAGGUGGCUGUCAGCGUCUACAGCGACGCAGAUGAGUGGGAGCUGUGGAGCCAGCGUUCUGACCCUGUGCUGCACAUAGAGCUGAGACGCUGGGCUGACCUCCUCGUUAUAGCCCCUCUGGACGCUAACACACUGGGGAAGAUCGCCAGCGGCAUCUGUGACAACUUACUGACGUGUGUGGUGCGGGCCUGGGAUACCAGGCGUCCUCUACUCUUCUGUCCAGCGAUGAACACGGCUAUGUGGCAUCACCCCAUCACCUGCCGCCAGGUGGACAGCCUUAAAGAGUUCGGCUACGUUGAGAUCCCCUGUAUCGCCAAGAAACUGGUCUGUGGAGACCGAGGUAAAGGAGCCAUGGCAGAGGUGUCAACGAUCGUAGAUGUUGUGAACCAAUUCAUCCAGAAAGCUGCUGAGUCUCCUCAGGAAGGGGCAGGCCUGGUGCUGUGAGGAAGGGGCAGGCCUGGUGCUGUGAGGAAGGGGCAGGCCUGGUGCUGUGAGGAAGGGGCAGGCCUGGUGCUGUGAGGAAGGGGCAGGCCUGGUGCUGUGAGGAAGGGGCAGGCCUGGUGCUGUGAAUAUGAAUAAACUGCAGAUAUUUAAACCCAGAUGGACUCCUAGACCCUAUGAACUUGUGGAGAUCUGAGAGGAUUUUGAUUGGAAUAGGUAGAAUGCUGAAACUUCCACCUAGCCUAUCAGAGGGCAAGGUGGAACUAUUACCAUAAUGACUGCGCCUGUCAAAUCUACAUACAUCUGCUUAAAUCAAUCCCUAGGGUCUAGGGGUCCGUUUGGGAUUGGGCCAGGGUUUAGGGGUCCGUUUGGGAUUGGGCCAGGGUCUAGGGGUCCGUUUGGGAUUGGGCCAGGGUCUAGGGGUCCGUUUGGGAUUGGGCCAGGGUCUAGGGCAGGGGUGUCAAACUCAUUCCACGGAGGGCCUAGUGUCUGCAGGUUUUUGGUUUUUCCUUUCAAUAAAGCCCUAGACAACCAGGUGUGGGGAGUUCCUAACUAAUUAGUGAUGUUAAUUCAUCAAUCAAGUACAAGGGAGGAGCGAAAACCCGCAGACACUCGGCCCCCCGUGGAAUGAGUUUGACACCUGUGACCUAGGGGUUUGUUUGGGAUUGGGCCAGGGUCUAGGGGUCCAAUUGGGCCUGGGUCUAGGGGUCCGAUUGGGAUUGGGCCAGGGUCUAGGGGUCCGAUUGGGAUUGGGCCAGGGUCUAGGGGUCCGAUUGGGAUUGGGCCAGGGUCUAGGGGUCCGAUUGGGCCAGGGUCUAGGGGUCCGUUUGGGAUUGGCCAGGGUCUAGGGGUCCGUUUGGAAUUGGGCCAGGGUCUAGGGGUCCAAUUGGGCCAGGGUCUAGGGGUCCGAUUGGGAUUGGGCCAGGGUCUAGGGGUCCAAUUGGGCCAGGGUCUAGGGGUCCGAUUGGGAUUGGGCCAGGGUCUAGGGGUCCGAUUGGGCCAGGGUCUAGGGGUCCGUUUGCGAUUGGGCCAGGGUCUAGGGGUCCGUUUGCGAUUGGGCCAGGGUCUAGGGGUCCGUUUGCGAUUGGGCCAGGGUCUAGGGGUCCGAUUGGGCCAGGGUCUAGGGGUCCGAUUGGGCCAGGGUCUAGGGGUCCGAUUGGGAUUGGGCCAGGGUCUAGGGGUCCAAUUGGGCCAGGGUCUAGGGGUCCGAUUGGGAUUGGGCCAGGGUCUAGGGGUUCGAUUGGGAUUGGGCCAGGGUCUAGGGGUCCGAUUGGGCCAGGGUCUAGGGGUCCGAUUGGGAUUGGGCCAGGGUCUAGGGGUCCAAUUGGGCCAGGGUCUAGGGGUCCGUUUGGGAUUGGGCCAGGGUCUAGGGGUCCGAUUGGGCCAGGGUCUAGGGGUCCGUUUGCGAUUGGGCCAGGGUCUAGGGGUCCGAUUGGGCCAGGGUCUAGGGGUCCGAUUGGGAUUGGGCCAGGGUCUAGGGGUCCGAUUGGGAUUGGGCCAGGGUCUAGGGGUCCGUUUGGGAUUGGGCCGGGGUCUAGGGGUCCGAUUGGGCCAGGGUCUAGGGGUCCGAUUGGGAUUGGGCCAGGGUCUAGGGGUCCAAUUGGGCCAGGGUCUAGGGGUCCGUUUGGGAUUGGGCCAUUGACACGAAGAUGAGGCAUUCAGAUGAAGAUUGCUGCAGUUAUUUGUGAUGUAAUCAUUUGAAUGUAAUGAAACUGAUUUUAUUGAAGCCAAAUGUUAAAGAGACAAGAGUUUGCAAUAAAUGUUUGUGUUUUAAUUAUCAA